AUGAAGGACACGGCCGCGGCGCCUGACCAGGAGCGCAAGCGCAGCCGGAAGAGCGAUGGCGGCGCCGCCGCCGCCACCGCCGCCGCCGCCGCCACUCUUGCCGUUGCCAAGAAGCACAAGCGGCGGCGCAAGGCACCAGCAGACGCCACCCAGCUGAGCCAGCUGGAGCUGAUGCGGCGGCAGCGCCAACGCGAGCUGCGAGCCUUGGCGCUGCGGCUGCGGGAGCAGGGCAAGGUGUACAACGCCAAGAAGCACAAGAAGCACAAGCCCAGGAGGAGGGUAGCGGUCAUCAUCAUCCCCAUUGUGUGGAACAAGAAGGUCGGAGAGAAGGCAUCGAUCCUGGCUUCCGCAGAGAAGAUACAGGAGCUGCUGCGGGGCGCGGGCGUCAAAGCCGACAGCGAUACCACCAAUGAGCUGACGCCGGGGCAGAAGAUGCGGCACUGGGAGGAGAAGGGGGUGAUGGUGAGGGUGGAGCUGGGAUCCAAGGAGGUGGAUGCAGGCACCGCGGUGGUGGCGCGCUGCACCACGCCAGGCGAGGUGGCCCACAAGCAGACGGUGGCGGUGGGGCAGCCGCUGCUGCAGCUGGUGCUGCGCCACCUGGAGGAGCUAGGCAUCCCGCUGCAGGCGCCCGCGGCGGAUGGCGCUUCAGCAGAGCAGAAUGGGGCCCAGGAGGAGGAGCAGCAGGGGCAGGGCCAGGGGCCGGCGGGGCCGGAGCAGCAGCACGCGCAGCAGCAGCAGGGGGAGCAGCAGGAGAGGCCCAGCGAGAAGAAGAAGAAGAAGAAAGCACAGCCCAGCGGCGACGACCUGCAGGGAGACUUUGAUGGGCUGCCGCUGCUGCCGGAGCAGUCGGGGGGCAAGAAGGGCAAGCGGCGGGAGCAGGCUGCUGCGGCGGCGGCAGAGGAGCUGGCGGCGUCAGUGUUUGGGCAGCCAGACGGCACGGAGGAACGGGAAGGCGGCAGGCCCAAGAAGAAGAAGCACAAGGCUGUCAAGUUUUAG